UCUUUAUGUUUAUAUUACGUACGUAUACAUAACGUUCGUUUGGAUGUACAUAUACGUUCAUAGAAUUUCUUCUACGUGUACGAUCACACGUUCAUAAAUAUUUACAUAUUCGUAUACAUACGUACGCGUACACACAUAUGUAUAUAUAUCUACGCAAAUAAAACGAACCAUUGGAAGCUUCGUUCAAGGGAUACCCAUGUAGUACGUAUUGACGUAAUCAUACACGUAUUCGGCCGAUAACGGUCACGUUUAACGCCACCUUCAUCAUAGACACUCGUGUUACUUUCCUGUUUCGAAGCAUGUCCGCGGAAGAAAACGUUAUCCGUUAUCCGUAUCUGUUGACGGAUUCGAUAUCAAUACUACCAGCAUACCAAAUAGUCCAACUUCGGAAACGAUACGCUAUGUAGCGCUGAUCGUUCGAUUAUUAGUAUCGUAUAUCUUUUAUGUUCGGUUAUGGAUGAUAAACGUUUCAAGGUUAAGCUAAAACGCGGAUAUGUAGAUAUGUGACAAUGUAGAAAACGAUAAAGACCAUUUACCGUCUUCCUAAAAUCGUUAUUUUACGUCGAAGAGGAAAAAAAAAUUGAAAAUAACGAGCUUAUAACUCUUGACUUUUCCCUAUUGAUAAUCCAACCUUCUCCUUCUCCUUAAGGAUCAUAAAUCCUUAAGAAAAAAGAACUAGAGCUAAAGAAAAGCAAUUCGAUAAAAGAUAAUGAGAUUUUGCGUUGGGAGUUCUGUCGGAGUAGUUGCUAAUGAGGGACGAUGUAAACACGAUGUUGUUAACGAGAGGAAGUAUAAAUUAAUUGCCCUGAUAAAAUAAUCAAUCGAUCGUUAAUCACGACAGAUACGGCGAAAUUGAAUCAACUUUCUUUAAAAGUCCAUGGAUAUAACCCACAUCCUCCGCGAAACCACAUCCUCUUGAUUACGAGUAAAACGUUUCGCGAUUGACUCGAUUCAGGUCGUCUUGAUAUAAACAGUUCCUUUUGUGUAUCCGAGACGUAUACUGUACGCGUCGAUACGCAGACGAAUACAAUUUAUAUAAUUAAAAAAAAAAAAAAAGGAAAAAGAAAAAAGGAAAGAAAAAAGGUCGUGAUUUUUCUGAUUAGCACAACGUACUUGAUUAUUUAAUUAUUUAAAUUUAAUUUAUCUAAAAAAAAAAAAAUGGAGGACAACAAGAAUCGAGUGAAACUAAUGUUAGCGAUAGAGAAUGAUGAAAUCGAUGAAGCGUUGAAAAUCUUGGAUGAGGACGACAGUAACGAACUCCUUCAACCACUCGGAUUACUCGGCAUCACCGUUGUACAUUUGGCCGCAUGGAAGGGUCAUUUGGAUUUGUUGAAACGAUUUUUAGAGAGAGGUGCCAACAUCAAAUCUCUCGACAAAAUUGGUAGGAGCGCUCUGUUUUAUGCCGCACACGCCGGUCAUCUCGAGGUAACUCAGUGGCUGCUAAAAAAUAAAAGUUCCACGGAAACUAGGAUCGGUAUCGAUUCCUGUCGCAGGCAUGGCUUGAAAAUCCAAGAAACUAGCAAAGUUGAUUGUCGAGUUGGUCAAGACCUGCCGGUACCAGAAUGUUGCGGUAGAACUCCUUUGCACCAGGCAGCAAAGAAUAAUCAUUCCGACGUGGUGAAAACUUUGGUGGAGGCUGGUGCGAACGUUAACGCACAGGACGAGCGAGGUAUUACGGCAUUGCUACUGGCAGGAUGUAAUGUGAAUUCCAACGACGUUAUCGAGAUGUCGAAGUUCGUUGAAAUUAUCGACGUUCUCGUUUCUGCGAAGGCUUCGACGAAUGUCAUACACUCGGGCACAGGUUUAACGGCAUUGCACCUUGCAACAGCAUUGGGAAGUCCUAGGGCGGUAAGAAGGUUGCUCGAAGGUGACGCAUGGCCCCUUUUUCAAUGCGCCGACACGAAAAGCACACCUCUUCAUAUUGCGGCAGACGCCGGAAACCUGGAAACUCUACUCGUUCUACUUAAAAAGAUACGUAGAGAUCACGUCGACAUACGCGACAAGAUCGGUCAGACAGCCCUUCACCUAGCUUGUUAUCAAGGUCAUCGUGAAUGCGCCCGAGUUUUGAUCGACCACGGUGGCUAUCUAUCGGCUGAAACGAAAAGCGGUGUCACCGUUAUUGACGUCGUGUUUGCUCACAUACCAGGUCCAAUAUCGUUUUUAACGGAUAUCAUGGAUACUCGUGUUCGAUUUAUCAAUCAUCAAAAUAUUGGCGAAGAUGCUCAUAUUUCCAUCGACUUUAGCAUUUUGGCGCCGCACAGUGAGUUACAAACAAACGUUAUCAUAGCUCUUAUAGCAGCUGCCUCGAACGUCGAACAAUUGGGAAUUUUACAACAUCCAUUGAUCGAAUCGUUUCUUCAUUUGAAAUGGGCGAAAUUGCGUGUCUUUUUUUUCCUUCUGGUAUUCCUUUACGUAUCUUUCGUUCUCUCUCUCUCAACAUUCGCCAUAACUCUUCUUCGACAAGGUAACUGUCACGUACCGCAAAUCGUACUUAGUAUAUGUUCGACCAUGUUGCUACUUUAUAACACUGCCCAGGUUAUGAUGUUACCAAGACAUUACAUAAGACAAUUCGAAACAUGGCUCUCCUUCAUUAGCGCCGCUUUAUCGUUCAUGGUCUGCAUGAUCGUCGACAAUAUACGUUUCGUCGUGAUCACGUCAAACGGUAUACGCACACCCGAGUUGGUAUUACAUUCCAUCAGUAUCGCAAUUUUGUUGGGUUGGAUACAAAUGAUGCUGCUUAUAGGACGUUUUCCAACUUGGGGAUAUUACGCGCUUAUGUUUUCAACAGUCUUAUCGAAUAUAUUGAAGGUACUCCUAGCGUUCGUUUGUAUGAUUUUUGGAUUCGCUUUGAGUUUCACUGUUUUAUUCCAUAAUAACGAACAGUUCCACGAUUGUUGGAAAGCCAUAGUGAAGACCGUGGUAAUGAUGAUGGGCGAAUACGAUUACGAGAAUCUUUUUCCAAGCGAUACCAAGGGCGAUAAGUCUUUUCUAACGGUCACCAGUCGGGUCAUCUUUCUUGGCUUUAUAAUACUCGCAAGUAUGGUUCUAAUGAACCUGAUGAUCGGCCUCGCGGUCAACGACAUUCAAGGCCUACAGAAAGAGGGCCACAUUCGUCGAUUGCUCAAACAGGCAGAAUUCGUGGCACAUUUGGAGAAACUAACUUCUCAUCAAAUUUUCAAAAGCAACUGGUUACAUCCUUGGUUUAGGACUAUCGUCAAUUCGCGGCGCGUAGUUACGACGAAAAUGUUGCUGCACUGUCGCGACAAUAAUCUUUACGAAUCCUUUCGUGGAAUAUCCAUCGAAUUGAUGGAAUCGUUGUUUCUCUUGGCCUCGAGGAAUAAUCAGCAAAAUGAACGCAAUCGUGUCGGUUUUAAAUCAAGUCGUAUCGACACGAACGCGAUGUCUUUAUUGAUCAACUUGCAAGAACAGAUUCAACAAUUACAGAAACUUUAUUGUCCAUCUAUUCCCGACAGACGUUCGAAAUUAUUUGGUAAACGAUUAAUUCGUAGAAGAUUAAGCUGGGACGUUUAAUACGAUGUAAAGAAGAAAAACAAAAAGACAACGAGAAACGGAAAAAAAAUAUUUUUUGUACAUUAUAUCUUUCGUAAGAAACACUUUGUCAAUGUAGUAUGUAAGUAAUAUAAAAACAUAUCUUCUAUUGAAUAAUAAAAUGUUUA